UUCAUUGCGGAAGUCACGUGACCAAACUGCUGUUUUUGCACGCCGAAGGACACAGACAUGAACUCCCAUGAAGUACAGUGUAGGCUAACAUCAACAGCAUGGUGCUAAGUACUGUAACGGUGGCUGACUCUCUUUAAAACAGCAGUUUUCGGGUUUCUGUUAAUUAAAAUGGCGUCCAAAACAACAGCAGCAGCAGCAGCAGCAGCGGGGCGUCUAACAUGGAGGAUGUUGGGUCCGGUUCCCCUCCGCGCUCCACACCGCUUAUCGGCAGCGAACAGGCGGCAGUGCAGCUCCAAACUGGCAACCCAGCAGGACAAAUCACCAAAGAGAUCUACCUUCAGACCAGUAGCCACCUCCACGCACGACUGGAUUGGUCCACCGAACCCUCUUUCCAACCUGCGGCCAAUCGUUUACCACGUCCCUGAGAACGAAACGGAGCUGGAGAAACGGCUGCGACACCUGAGGCAGGAGACCGAGGACUGGAACCACGACUUCUGGGCCAGGCAGAACAUCACCUUCAGCAAGGAAAAAGAUGCUUUCAUCAUUUCACAACUGAAUGCAAAGGGCUUGACUGAGCGUGACGAGCAAGGACGACGGCGGUCCCUGAACAGUGAAGAAAUGGCCGUGUUUUACAAAAGCUUCCUGGACAGAAACAUAAUACGACAUGCAAAUUAUAACAACGAAUGGUACCGGCGUAACUUCGCCAUCACCGUGCUCAUGGCCCGAGUCGCCCUAAAGAACAUGUGGAAGACUGUUACCGAUAGACACAGCAGCAAGAAAAACAGCACUCCUACCGCCUGAUAAGAAAUAAAAUAUUCACCCGCCCUCC